UUCCGCUUCCUGUUUUGCGCAAAAGUAGUUCGAGCCGCGCCAUAUUGUCAAUAGGCGGUUGUGUGAAAAAGUAAUUGAACCGAAGCUCGACCCACCCAUGACUCUUACGAUAAGUGGAUUAUAGUUUGGGCCCCUCUUUACGUAUAAAAGAAUGCUGCUGGGCCGCCUCCACCACACCCCACUGUUGAACUCCACCCCAUCGGUGCAGGACGUUAACUCCUCGCAAUAGCUUCCCAAAGUUAUUUAAACGCGGCCAGGCCAGCGUGGAUGGUAUCUACGUCGCGUGGCCACCGCGACCACCCACACCACCAUGUCUUGUUGCCAGUCAGAUGAGGUCAAGGAGCAGAAACGCAUCAACCAGGAGAUCGAGAAACAGCUUCGUAGGGACAAACGAGAUGCCCGUAGGGAGCUUAAACUCCUUCUUCUUGGUACUGGUGAGUCGGGAAAAUCAACAUUUAUUAAACAAAUGAGGAUUAUCCAUGGGGCUGGUUAUUCCGACGACGAUAAACGUGGCUUCAUCAAAUUGGUUUAUCAAAACAUCUUCAUGGCUAUGCAAAGUAUGAUCCGUGCCAUGGAUUUGUUGAAAAUCCGAUACGCAGAGUCUUCCAGCAUAGAAAAAGCGGAAUUGAUUCGAGGGGUCGAUUACGAAACGGUGACGACCUUCGAGCCCCCCUACGUCGAUGCCAUCAAAGAUCUAUGGAACGACUCUGGUAUCCAAGAGUGUUACGACCGUAGGCGAGAAUACCAGCUUACAGAUUCGGCUAAAUAUUACUUAAUGGAAAUAGACAGGGUUGCGGCAACGGAUUAUUUACCAACGGAACAAGAUAUUCUUCGCGUGCGCGUCCCCACAACGGGAAUCAUCGAGUAUCCAUUCGAUUUGGAUGAGAUCCGGUUUAGGUAUGGGCACGCAUGUCGGGGCAAUGCGGGGCCAAACUCGCUCCCUCAUUUCUUUCGAUUAUUAUUUUUGCACACCACAACAAAAACACGCAACAUCGGGGGCGUCAUCAAAGCUGUGGCUGGCUGGCUGGCAAAUCUUGUUUAUUUUAUACAAAGUGAUUAAUUAAUUAAUUCACUG